CUCAACACAACUCAUACUCAUCCUUCUCCAUCGGAAUCUCAAUAGGUGCCCUAACCCUAACCACCUCCGAUUCCGAUUUCUGACGACGGCGCGUUAUUUUUUCAGGAGUCUGCUAAGAGAUAAAUGUCGAAGGACGGAGCGCUCGAUCUCGCCUCCGGCGUCGGCGGAAAGAUGAGCAAAGCCGACGUUCUCUCGGCCGUCGAGAAGUACGAGAAAUACCAUGGGUUCUACGGAGGCGAAAAGGAGGACAGGGAAGCCAACUACAGGGACAUGGUCAACAAAUACUACGAUCUCGUGACCAGCUUUUAUGAAUUCGGUUGGGGAGAGUGCUUCCAUUUUGCUCCUAGAUGGAGUGGCGAGUCUUUCCAGGAGAGCAUCAAGAGACACGAGCACUUCCUUGCUUUACAGUUGGGUUUGAAGCCUGGGCACAAGGUUCUGGAUGUUGGAUGUGGCAUAGGCGGACCACUUAGAGAGAUUGCAAGAUUCAGCUAUACUUCAAUUACUGGGUUGAACAACAACGGCUACCAGAUUACAAGAGGAGAGGAACUGAACCGCAUUGCAAAAUUGGAUGAGACUUGCAACUUUGUCAAGGGUGACUUUAUGAAAAUGCCAUUUGAUGAUAACUCGUUCGAUGCAAUAUACGCGAUCGAAGCCACUUGUCACGCACCAGAUGCAUAUGGCUGCUACAAGGAGAUCCACAGAGUAUUAAAGCCUGGCCAACAUUUUGCUGGUUAUGAAUGGUGCUUGACCGACUCGUUCAAUCCUAAUGACCAAGAUCACCAAAGAAUAAAGGCUGAAAUUGAGGUUGGCAGUGGGCUUCCAGAUAUCAAGACGAUAGGAAAGUGCAUAGGAGCUUUGAAACAAGCAGGUUUUGAGGUUAUAUGGGAAAAGGACCUUGCUAAAGAUUCACCUGUUCCUUGGUACUUGCCUUUAGAUGGUGGCCAGUUCUCAAUCACCAACUUCCGCGCUACAGCAAUCGGGCGUUGCGUGACAAAGUACAUGGUGAGAGCUUUGGAGUAUAUCCGCCUCGCUCCAAAGGGUAGUGAAAGAGUUCAAAAUUUUCUAGAGCAAGCAGCACAAGGGCUGGUUGAAGGUGGAAAGAAAGAAGUCAUGACCCCUAUGUUCUUCUUCCUGGUGCAAAAACCGCUUUCGAGGAGCAAGUAAACCGACAUUGGCGAGUAAUUUGCUCCUAUGGUUAUAUUAUGAUACGUAGUGUAUUUUCAUUUCUUACUGGCCUGAAAACCGUUAAGCGUGAGUAAGACAAUAUUAGUAAGUUAUUAGUUACCAUGGUUUUAUGUAAGUUUAGCUGCAACUUUGAUGAAACAAAGGUAGAUUUGGUUUCAUAGUCACAUUUCUAGAGUUUAGGAAGUUUUCUUUAGUUGGAUUACAUUGGAAUCAUGUUCAAAUGGUUUCCUUUGUUCCUUAAAGAUCACUUGUGAAACGUUCUCAA